AUGGCGAACGCUUCAUAUGCACCAGCUUCGGCUCCCCAGGAGCACCCACUGGGCAACCUCGGAGCUAUGUUCGAGUCGAGAUACGACCACGUCUGGACGCUUUACCAGCAAAGGGACUACGAGAAGGCUGAGGCUGACGCCAUGAAGCUUUUGAUGGAGCCUCGCCUCGGAGACUUCCAUCGUGCGGGAAUGCACUUGUUGCUCGCUGGUUCUCCUCACGAAUACGUUGACCAUGCGCAGCAAGCAGUCCGCAUCUACACUCAAAUUCUUGAAGAGCAUCACUUCAACAUGUCUCCUAGGCAGCAGAUGGCCAUCCAGAACCUCGUCAACAAGUCCAAGGCCGCCUUGGAGAAAGCGCGCGCCGACCAGAGCGCCAUUGCUCGCGAAGUCCGCGAGGCUCUUGCGAACGGCAAGACUAUCAAUGACCUCCAUGACGCCCAGAUGAAAGACCUGCAGAAUCACGAGCUGGAGCUCGCUGGUGUAUUCGCUGAGGAGGGCAAGGUCGACACCAAGGACGACACCAAGGACGACAACAAGGACGACACCAAGGACGACACCAAGGACGACACCAAGGACGCCGGCGAGAACACAGUCGCCCAAGGAACCCAGAUCCCACCUGCCAGCCAGAUAAGUGUGUCUGACUUUGGCGCCUCCCAGUCCACUAGUGUGGCUCGCUCUCAGUCCACUGCGCCGACCGAAGUGGAUAUGGAGCUGCCUGAGAUGAUGGACGAGGAUUCUCCUCCGGUGAUGGAGGACUCCCCUGAGAGGAUGGAUGAGGACUCGCCGCCUGCCCUCUGA